AUGACCUGCGCAUAUGAUAACAGUUUGUCGUUCACGGCGCGUUCUCGACACUCACUGGACCCCUUUGGAUCGAGUGCGAACUGUUUUCCCAGUUGUUCAUUAAAACCGCUCCUAAAAAUCUCAAAAUCCACAGAAAAAAACACUCGCGUUUUUUCCACUUGGACAAUGCCCGCGAAUAAGGGUCUAAUCAUUGCGUCGACGGCGAAAGAGAAACCGGUAAACGGUGGUGGUUUCGGUGCGUCCGGUAACAAGAAGAAGAAACAGCGUGUCAGCGUUAAAAGUAAAAAACAUUGCAGGCAGUACUUGCUCCAUUCAGAGUACAGGAGCACCUACACAUGGCACGAGUACACAGGACCCCAUCAAGAGCACACGGUUGUACGGCGAGCGCCCCAGGCCCAGCCGACUUCCACGAAGCAACCGAGCGCGAAGCUACAAUCGACCAAGUCAACCGAGGAUGAGAACACCGAAGGGCCAACGCUGGAGCCACCAUUACCGAGGAGGAAGAAGAAUCCAGAGUUGGCUUACAGACAUCAUGAGUUCAUCACUGCCGCCGAUGGAGGCGGCAUUGAUGCGGUUGAUACCAAUGUUGUCGCUGAUAAAGUUCGAGAAGUGACGGGCAGUUCAGCUCUACCGCCGAGUCAGCUGAGCAAAGCGAUUUCACGGAUAAGCACCGAGUAUCGAUUGCAGUUUGCCUGGCCAAGGCGAGCCCAGCUGACAAAUGGUGAGACUGUGGCGCCAAUACCAGCUGCUGGCGGUGCUGGUGGUCCACCAGGUGGGCCACGUAAAUCCAUGAGCAUGGGUACUCUUAAACAGGGUAUUGCACCAACUGAACCAGCGCCUGUUCACAUGAGAAAGAGACCAGGCGAUGUGGAUCACAAGCGUGACGGAAUCCAGGCAUCUGAACUCGAGCCACUAUUCGGUAACAAUGCUGAUCACAUUGAUGGUGUAAUGCCUGAUGUCGACGAGAAAGACGAGGAUUUGACUGAUUUCAAGAUAUCCUUCAGGGAAAGAAUGUCAGCGGGUAAGGGAGUGAAGAUUGUAGAUGAUCGUGUAACGAAAAAAAUCGAUAAAGCUCCGUCGACUGUGAAAAAUACGUUUCCAACGUCCGAGAUUGUCGAGCUCAGACGUCUUGCUGAUGAGUAUAAGCAUCGUGACUGGGGUGGCGGUUUGGCGUCAGAGGAAGUCUCAUCAAUCUGGAAACACGUCUCCAAUAAUCACGCCCUCAGCGCUCUGUCACUUGCCAGAUCAGUGACGAAGGAGGAGAAGGAGAAGGAAAACACCAGAAAAGUUGCACCAAUUACAAAUGCGAUGCCACCAGCUGGUAGACCCUCCUCCGUUCAGGCCAGACCUAUUUCCGGAAUUCUUCAAGAAGCGGAUAAUGAGAGAGCUAUGGCUCGCGCAAGAAAGGAUUUCUUGAUCCGCCAUCAUCUGGACCGUACUACAGGUGUUGGUGACGGUGCACUGUUACCUUCUCCAACAAGAGAGAAGCUUGAGCCAGUGUUACCCCGUCGUCGUGACGAGGCUAAGGACGAGAUUCAGCCGAGAACAAAAUCGAGCCCCAAGAAUAGCCCGAGGACUGGACGCUCACAGAGCCUUGGUCCCCUCAGUAGGUCACCAAAACGUCAAACCCCCCGAGCACCAUCAGUCAGCAAAGAUGCCAAGGAGAAAGAGAAGGAGCAUAAAGACAAAGAGGGGAAGGACAAAAGUGGAGAGCCAGAGAGGCAUCCCCGUCCGACGGGUGUUUCAGCGGUGGGCGGGCGAGUUCGUUGGAGCAUAAGAGAAUCCUCGCAAUCCCCGGUGAAAUCGUCGUCGACGAGCGAGCCGCCCAUACCGCCUUUACCACCACCACCUUCUGGCCCUGGGCCCACGCAACUCCACAAGAAACCCUCGCCAAGGUCACACCGGAAAUCCUUCCUCGCGACCACCGCUUCCCCCCAUCGUCCUCUUCAUCAUCACGCGAAACCUACUUCUGCUAAUGUUACGAAAGUCCCCGGUAAGAAUACGACACAACACAGUGUCGAUGUCCAUACAACAGUGUCCAGCUCAGUAUCAUCAGGCAAUGAGGCAGCACCCUCGGGCUCGAGAUCACAGCGUAUACUAAAAUUAAACAAUGAGAAUAAUCGAGCCCGAGGUAGUGCCAGGGCCCAGGUAACAACUGUUAUCGACCCAUCCAAAUCAUCCUCCGACAAUCGAUACCAAUCGUACCGAGCUAAUGCAGCCCUGCAAGCUAUGACAGCAGAACCGCAGGUAAACGGCAACUCAACCGGGGGCGAUUCGAGCGUCGCGUCAACUCCACCGUCACAGAGUGCCACCGCACCAGUAGCGACUGCAGUAGUGACAAGCUGCCCUUGGUUCGACGACGAGCCAGUGGUAAAGAGUCCCCCAGAGCCAACACGAGUAAAGUCCCCAGAACAAAUGAUAAUGCGAUCACCGGAGCCUGUAAAUUGGACAGUGCCGCUGGACACCGGGAAGACUUUCACGGUGACCCAAAACGUGAGGGAAGGGGAACUUCUGACGCGACCCCACAGCGAAGCGAAGACUUGGGCGGCAGGGUCGACAGUGAUAUCAACACCCCAGUCAGCGCCCCCGGAACUAGCUCAGCACAAAUCUCAUCAUCAAUCCCAGCACUCAGGAUACAAGUCACCGGAGAGCGAGAGCGUCUCCCUGGGGAGUUAUACCGGACUCAACGGCCACAAGGAUCUCGACUCGGAGAGGGACAGUCCACUACCGAACAAUCUACAGGGUACAUCCACAGCAUCCCAAAGUGAUAAGGGAUCAGUAGCACCAGAAACAAAGGAAAAGCUGCCUGAGGAGCCUUCGAUAAAACCCGUGGCCGGGACAAACCUCCGUUGCCUAGAGGAUCCAGUCUUCGAGUUCGAUCGAGGCCAAAAAUCCGAAGAUCCUCUACCCUCAACAACAACAGCCCCAGUGACGCAAUCAGGCUAUCGUGUUCUAGAAGCAGAAGACCCAGUAGUGCCUCCAGGUGGUACAGGCGGCACUUCCAGUGCUGGCUAUCACGUACUGGAGGCACCAGCCCUUAGUCCAGGCGCUCAACAACGAUCAGUCACCAGUGAUGUACUGGAAAUCGCUCGCAAUCGCUUUGACAAAUUCUGGGGCAAGGGAGGAUCCGAGAAUCAGGCUUAAAAAAAACGAGAGCAUAAGAAAAAUCGUAAAACAAAGUCGCAUCAUAGACUAGACCGCUGACGGAAGAUUGAGGGUGUGAAUGAAUUAUUUAAAUCGAUGAAUUUGAAUAAUUGGAGCUGAUGAGUUCACGUGAUCGUCGUCCAAUGCUCCUUUGGGCCUUCUAGAACAAUUCAUUUUAAAUACAAUGAGUAAUAUCUCAUAAUCAUUUAUUAAUCAUCAAUGGCCAAUAUGAACAAUUUGCUGAAUGGCUUUACGUGCUAAUACGUGUUAACUCAAAAUAGAUUUUGGGAGGCUUCAUGCAUUUUUGUACGUUAUAGAAUUAACCACGUAAAUCAAAACACAAGAGAACAUAACGAAAUCGAAUGAUCCAGAGAGUAAAUAAUUGGAAAAGGUGCUUUCUAAUUUCCGCAAACACGUGGUGGAUAUUUUGUUAAUUGAAAUUCACCUUUGUCACGAGCGUCGAUCGAUGGGACUAAUUCGGGGGGAGUUUUUGUUGAUAACUAUAUGCAUUGAGUGCGUCGUACGGACGAGUGAUCACGGUUUGAUUGGCUCCAGAUGCGGAGUGGACAGGUUGACCAUGAUUUAUUCAAUAAAUAAUAGAUAGCGUUGCACUCCGAUAAAGAGAGAAAAAUGCUAUGAAAUAAUUAUCAGUCGUAUGAAGAGCAAAUGGGAGGGGUGGAUUAGAGAGAUUUAUCGAACGCUGUUUUACAUUCCGUCUCACAAUGUUUUUUGCUGUAUUUAGGUUUGAUUUUUUAUUGAAUAUGGUACUCACUUUUUGAGGAUAUACUGUCCCUCAACAGACACAAGGCGCUACCUGAUUUACCUGCAUGAUUUUAUCUCCGAUUUAUUGAUUUUAUGAGUAACUAUUAACGUUCGAAAAGAAAGUUCGAUGGAGACAAGAGUAAAUGAUGGAUGUGGGAGGAGUAAGAAGGAGAAAAGUAACAGAAUGGAGACAGAGAGCAUGGUGAAUCCAUGUGGAGAAAUCCCUUGAGGUCAAACGACGAAAUGAAAAAAAUAAAGCGUUCGGGUGAUUCCUAUAGUUACGUCUUGUAGUUUAGGAGCUGAAGACAAUGCUGGAGUUUUUUUACUAGUCAAUGCCGAGACUGUUUUCUCAAGGGAAUGAAGAAACAAAGGAGAAUAAACACUGAGUUCAAUCGAAAGUGGCAGAGGUAAUUGAUAAAUAUUGAGGAUCGAAGAGUGGAAAGUUUCAUACUCGAUAAGAAUGAAGAGCUUUUUUUUCUCACGCGCGUUAAGAUAUACCAGUACACCACACUCCAUCCAGAUUCCACGUCCAAAAGUCCAUAAAAAUGAUUAAACAAAUUCAAAUCCAACCAACAGUAGUGAUGUGAAAAUAAUUAAAAAUACAUAAGACAGGAGAACAAUUGAAAACAUAAAAAUAUAAUUGACUGAUGGAAUUCGGUGAACGUAGGAUGCAAGGAGAUUAGGGAGUGAUUUAAUGAAUUAGGAGAAGUAUCUUAAGGAACAUUGUCCUGACGAGAUUGCUUGAGGACGUUCUGCACCCUUGAGCUUUCUUCAUUUUUUAAGGAAGAACAGGUAAAAUCAUUUAGAUCUGUUGUUGAUGUCCUGCAUCAAUUACUGUAUCAAGAUAGCGCGUAGCUUCGAGAAACUAAUCGAGUGCGACAUGAUCAUCACUAGUUAUUUGAUUUAACUCUUCAUUGAUAAUGUAUGAGGGGAAAUUAACAAUUACAUUUUCGAGUUUAUGUCAAUAUUUUGAAUACCUCAAGCAUGAAUGGGCGAUGGAAUUCUCCCAGGUGUAAUGAUAAACCCCUGAAAUUCCACUGUAUUCCCGACAUAUUCAUCAGAAUGACAAAACUCCAAAGAAUGCAAACUCCUCGGUUCACUCCAUUCAAAACAAUUCAUGCGAAAAAACAUACCACUCAUCACAAUUCCCUCACUAAAUAAAAAAAAAUAAUAAUUGAAGACUCCGUUCGAAUGCACCUCGCGAGCUCACACUGCCCGUCCGAAUUUUCUAGGCACCGAUUGUCCUGUGAUCCUGUGACAAAAAAAAAUUGUAAGGAACAUUGAAACAAUUCCUCUGAGUUUAUUAUCAAUCAACUGCCCUGAGUAUUUCUGAGACCAUUGUCAACAUCGGGCUAGUUUUAUUUAUCAUUAAAAUUUAAUUAUCGUUUGUGAGUGAUUUGAUCUAUAGUGAUUUAUAGAUAUCGAAAGAAAACGAAAAUGGAGCUGAUUACUCUGCGUGCUGGACACGUAGAUAUUUUCCAUGAGAAUGAGAUUGAAUCACCCGCCAGAUCCGUCGUUUUAUCUAAAAACCAUUAUUUCCCCUGAGAGUGACAAUCCCAUUUUGAUUUUUAGUCAAUUGGUAUUACGUGUAGUUUUUACGCAAUCGAUCGAGGUGCAAGAACAAAGCCAGAGAGAAGUAAAUACCCAAAGUUUAACAUUCAAAAAUAAUUGUAAACAAUUUUUUUCUUAAUGAUGAUGGUGAAAAUGACAAGCCCAAGAGCGACAAAAAACCAUUAAAUAAGGCAAACCCGGGAUUUCUUUCUGCGUCCCUCCCCGCCUUAGUCUGUAAACGCCUAUUAUACAUAGAUAGAACGUAUUAUAAUACGACAAUUAUAUACAAUUAAAUAAUUCAAAUGAACAUGGCAGAUAGAUUAUGCAAUGGAUUAAUAGACGAGAGUGAUUGAUACCGGCCGAACUGUUUUGCGAAAAUACGAGAAUAAUUGAUGCGCACUUAUAUGAUCAAAUGAUGUAUUGUUGAUUUUGAUGUUUAUACGAGUAUUUAAGAGUUUAAGGGCACGAGGUACAACGAAUUUGUCACGAUUGAGUGUAUCAUUUUAUUCUGAUUAUUAUGGAGAAUAAGGAAAUGAUAGUAAUAGUAAAUUUACGUCAAUUUUUUAAUGUAUGGAUUUCCAGUUAAUUUUCUACUUACAACGUUCUAUCAUAAUUUAUGAUAGUCCAUUUGAUUUUUAUAAAUUUCAGUCGCUUCCGUCUUCAGUGAAAAAUAUGAAACGCUUCACGAUUUUGCGUAUUCAAUUUAAUGAACGCCAUUUAAUAUUUUUUCCGAAUAUUUUCACCAAGUGUAUAUAAUAUUGUUCAUAAAAAAAUUAUUAUAUCAAAUGUGAUGAAAUGAGAAACUUUUUUAACAAAUAGAGGCCUCUCUCGUGUGUACACGACUUUGUUUGGUGCAGGGUAAUUAAAUAAUCAUGUGAUGGGAUUUUUAUGAAAAAAAAAAGAAAGAAGAACCUAAUCGUUUCUCAUAUUUUGCAAAACAGUCAACGGAAUGGGCAUGGAUAAAUAAAAGAAGAAACAAAAUAACAAAAUGAAAAAAUAUAUAAUCAACAUGACUGAAUCUAUCAUUUCACGUUAAUUACGUUUGAUACGAUAUUUCACGUUAUCGUUGAUAAUAUGAAUGAGUCGUUGGGGUCGAGAAACAUUGAUAUAUUAUAUAAGCACAUUUAAGCGAAGAAAAAUAAAAUCGUUGUCGUAAUUAUUUUGCAAUUAAUUCGGAGUGCAGUGGAUAAAGUGUUAACAAAUGCUUCAAAGAUACGUAUAGACGUAAAGUGAACUAAAAAUAAUAAUAAUACUAAUAAUAAUAAUAAUACCAGAGACAUGAAA